AGAUUUUUUUGGUUAGUUUCAAUCGUAGCUGUACUUCUUAAAGUGACCACGAUAAUUCCCAUGCAUACACGCCUGAAUAUCGGCCGGUGAAAUGAUGAAGAUCUUACCGGACAUCUUCAUCAGAAAAUCCUUAGGACGUGGUAGGGACUUGGGUCUUUUUUUCUGGGACAUCGCCGAUUGCAAUCAGGUUCACAUUUUACCAUGGCUUUAUAAGAAUGAUUUAAAUAAACUAGCAACUGAAAGGAAAUAAUCAGCCAAAUAAUCUGUAUAUCUGCGCGCGUUCUGAACGUUUGGGUGUGAGUGUGAAACAAAAGCUCAAUACUGCCUAAUAACCCGUUGUCGUUGGCGGCUGUACAGCAUUUAUGAUAAAUUAUCUUUUGAGAUAUUUUUUUCGCCACAAUUUCUAAAAAGACUGAAAUAUUUCAAUCCCCCAAGAGAGAUAAAAGAGGGCAUCAAAUUUAAAAAACAAAAAAACCAAACGCAACAAAAGGAGCAACAUUUUUGUGCGAAACGGAAUUAACCAUGAGUUUCCACAAUCAUCAUCACCACCACCAACAGCAGCCGCAGCCUCAGCAACAUUGGCACCAUCAUCACAGCCAGAAUCAAAGUCACAGUCACAGUCAUCAUCAACAUCAAAGCCAUCAUCAUCACAGCCACUACCAUCACCAGCAGCAAUAUUUCACGCUGCCAUUACCAAGUCAACAGAAUUUCUGGUACAUCAUUCAUCUGAUAAUAUUUCUGAUAGACAUCACAAGUUCCCUGACAAUGACUGAAGUGAAAAUUCCCAAUCACAUAAUGCGCUUCAAAAGUGCCAUUUUAGGUUGCCGCUACAGUCUCGAUGGUGAAUCGUUGUAUUCGGUGAAAUGGUACAAGGAUGGCCAUGAAUUCUAUCGCUAUGUGCCACGUAACAAACCACCUGGGCAAGCAUUUCCACUGCCGGGAAUUAAUGUUGAUCUACGCAAUUCCUCCGAUACCCAAGUAAUGUUGAGGCGUGUCACCCUCCAAUCAACAGGCGUUUACAAAUGUGAAGUUUCCGGCGAAGCACCAGCAUUUAAUACAGUUUCUGAAUCAGAAACGAUGACAGUCGUAAUGACUCCCAUACGUGGUCCACGCAUAACGGGCGGACAGGCGCGAUAUCAAAUCGGUGAUACGGUGCGUGUCAAUUGCACCUCGUCAGCUUCCAAACCGGUGUGUCAUCUUAGUUGGCUUAUUAAUGGUGAACCGGCAAGCCGUUCAUAUCUACGCACAUACAAUAACAAAGCGAUAGGCAAUGAAGGUUUGGAACAGGCAACUCUCGGAUUGGAGUUCAAAGUGAGAGCAUAUCAUUUUCGCAAUGGAGAUAUGAAACUGAAGUGUGUGGCAAAAAUAUCAUCGCUCUAUUUUCAAAGUCGUGAAGCGAGCGUGGUCUCAGAUCAUCCGCACAAAGCGCCAGCCCUGGAGUCAAGAGAAACUGUUGCUGCAAAGUCAAGAGCUCAUGGCGCUUCAAGCGGCGGAAGUAUACAUCAUUUGAAUGGAAUGCCGGUUAAUUACUUGCUAACUUUAUUAUGCUGUCUUAGCUUUUUAACGGCAGUCACAGCAACGUCGACAACAACAACAUCAAUAACUAGGAUGACACCAGCAGCAACAAAAACAACCAGGGUAACAGCAGCAGUUGUAACAGUAACAAAAAGUAGUUCAGCAGCGACAACAUCGCGAAGGCUAACAAGUAAAACAGCCACGACGAAUACAUCGGCGUCAGAAACAGCAACAACCACACCAUCAACAGUAACAACAACAAAAACGUCAACAGUACCAUCAACAACAACAACGCCCUGCUGUAAUAGCAAAAGUUCCCGAGUCGCACACAAUUUAAUAUCAUCACACAUGGUAUUUAGAUAACUAUGUUAAUUAUUAAGGACACUCUAAAGUGGAAAGGAGAGAGCCCCACUCUCCUGCCGCCACUACCGCCCCCCACUCUCUCCUCAAACUAACCCGUCUAACAGUCCUUGUACUAUACACACUCACACACAAACAUAUAUCACAAUAUAACUCACAAACUUAUCUUUAAUAUAGAAAAUAAAAACUGAAAACGUAACUAAAACAUAAAAUACAAUGAAGAUGUCAAUGAAUAUCGUUUGAAUGAAUCACUCGAAUGAAAACAUGGGAGUGUGUGUGAGUGCGCGUACCGCUCUGUGUGUAUGUGUGUGAAUGAGUGAAUGCCACAAUUUUAUGAAUGUUUAUGUAAAUGUGUUAUGAAUACUACUUUACUGUUAACUUAUUAAUGACGAUGUAAAAUUCAAUUUUGAAUUAAAAACUUAAUAAUAUUAUUAAAAAAUAAUAAUAUAAAUAAAACCAGUAAGUAUGUAUAUACGAUGUGUAUGUGAAAUAUUUGGGGGAUAUUUGGCUGAUUUCUAAUUUCGUUUUAAAAGCUAACUUGCAAAAAAGAAAAAAAAUAACAAAUUUUAAAAAUAUUUAAAAUCAUGUUUAAGAAGAUGACAAAUUAAAACCAGUAAAGAAAGUCCUAAAGUUGGGCGGGCCGACUUUAUGAUACCCUACACCACUUUGCUAAUUUAGUAGAGCUCCACAUAACAAUUAAAAGUUUUUGUGGGAGAAUUCAAUCAUACACGCUAUGAUUAUAAUUACAAUUUAAAGUUCAAAGGACUAAAUAUGCCGAAGCAUUUGUAUCUUUUAAAUUCGGACUUGUAUUGCUCAUUUGGUGCAAAAUUAAUUUGAAAUCAGAUAAAGACAUAUAUGGGAGCUAUAUCCAUAUCUGAACCGACCUCGAUAAAAUUUGGCUAAGAUAUUUCUGAGCUGUAUUUGAUAUAUUUCCCUGAAUAUCGUUGUUACGGAGUGCAUAUUAGGGCUGUGGGCAACAAAUACAAUAAAUCGGAUGAACAAUAUAUAUGGGAGCUAGAGCUAUAUCUCAACCGAUCUUCACCAACUUUGGCAUACUAGCUUCUACACUCAAUGCGGUCGUAUGUGCCAAAUUUCAUCCCAUUUGGGCAAAUAUUAGACGUUUGGUGCACAAUAAAAGGUUAAUCCGUCAAAGUUAUAUAUGGAAGCUAUAUCCAAAUCUGAACCAAUCUCGAUAAAAUUUGGCAAAGGUAUUUCUGAGCUGCAUUCGAUAUAUUUCCCCAAAAUAUUGUUGCUACAGAGUGCAUAUUACGGCUGCGGAGGAUAAAAAUAACAAAUCGUAUGAACAAUAUAUAUGGGAGCAAUAGCUAUAUCUGAACCGAUUUCGAUCAAAUUUAGCAUACUUAUUUUCAGGCCUUAUUUGGUUGUAUGUGCAAAAUUCCAUACGGGCUGAUAUUACACGUUUGGCGCAAAAAAGGCAAAUCGGACGAAGAUAUAUAUGGGAGCUAUAUCUAAAUUUUUACCGAUUUUUACCGAUCAUAAAUGAACUCAGAAAGUCAUUCUAUGGAGAUCCUCAAAAGUAACUAUGGGUCUAUCUCGCUUCCUUCUCCAUGUUACAAGCAAAUGCACAAAGACAUAAUACCCUUACCACUAUGUGGUGUAGGGUAUAAUUACAAAUUAAGGUCGAAUUUGCAUUUUUGCCCUUCUGCUUUUCUUUUAAAAUGUGGAAUGUUGAAACAUAGGGCUUUAUCCUUAAUAUUUUAUUUUUAUCAUGCAAAAAGAGUGUAGAUGUUAAAGUUUGGCUCUCACCAAUCAAUAAGACUUCAGCUUCCAACAUAAAAUUGGGUAUAUCUUAUUAAGGAUCCAUUCCAGAAUGUGCUGGAAUAUGCUAUUUUUAAUCAUUUUCUUCAUUCUAAAGAAUUUUGAAUCUCUGUUGGAAUGGUACCCGAAGGAGGACAUUCAAAGCUUGAAGAGAAUCGGAUACUUCACACUAUAUGAGAUAUAGUGAAGACAUAUUUCAUCUUAACCCCAGACCUUGGGUUAAAAAAAAAAAUAUUGUGAUAUGUGUGAUUUGAACCGGAUGGUCAUUUCGGAUUUUCUGAUCGUUAUGUUUUCUCAAUAUUUUAACGCUUUGUGGGGAGGUAUCAGAAGGAAUGGUCCGAUCACUACCGUUUUUAUAACAGAUCCUGUGCUGAUGGAAAUAUUGUCUGACUGAAGUCGGAUGGUGAUUUAGUGUUUUAUAACUUUCACGAAUAUUCCAAAAUUCUGGCCCUUUGUAGGGCAGGUACCAGAAGGAGUCGACCAAUAUAUUCCAUCUUUACACCAGACCAUGGUUUAAUAAAAACGUUGUGAUGUGUGUAAUGUGAAGAGAACCUGAUGCUUAUUUCGCGUUCUAUGGUCUUCAUGGAUAUUCAACAUUUUGAACCUUUGAAGGGGAGGUACCAGAAGGAAUGGUCUGAUCUCCACCUUUUUAAUAACAGAUCCUGUGUUGAUGGAAAUAUUCAGAUGUGUCAAGUGUAAAUGGAAUCGGCUGUUAAUUUCAUUUUAUGAGCUAAAUGGAUAUUCAAUAUUUCGAUCUUUUGUGGGGGAGGAACCAGAAGGAGUGGGCCGACAUAUUCCAUCCUCACACCGACCUUGGUUUAAUAAAAACAUUGUGAUGUGUGUAAUGUGAAGAGAACCUGAUGCUUAUUUUGCGUUUUAUGAUCUUCAUGGAUAUUCAAUCGGUCUCUUACAUCACAUUUUAUAAGAGUUGUAAUUAUUCAAUAUUUUGACCCAUUGUGAGGGUAGUACUUGAUAGAUUGAACCGACUUUGUCCGUUUCCGCACCAGACCUAGCACUGACGCAAAUAUUAGGACUUGCAAAGUUGGAGCAAAAUCGAAUUAUCUUUUCUCUUUCUGUGCAAAAAAAGUAUAUUUUUUAAAAUUUCGACCAUUUGUGGGAAGGUACCAGAAGAAGUGGACCGAUAUAUUCCAUCUUAACACCAGACCUUGGGUUAAUAUAAAUAUUGGGAUGUGCUCAAUUUGAAGAUAAUCGGACUCUUAAAUCACAUUUUAUAAGAGUUGUAAUUAUUUAAAAUGUUGACCCCAUUUUCGCACCAGACCUAGCAAUGAUGCAAAUAUUAGGAUAUGCAAAGUUGGAGCAAAAUCGGAUUAUGCUUUCUCUUUCUGUUCAGAUUUUUUUUUAAAUUUCGACCUUUUUGGGGGAGGUACUAGAAGGAGUCGACCUAUAUUGCUCAUCUCCCACCUCGAUCUAAGUUUGACAGUAAUAUUACGAUGUACCAAGUUUGGAUCAAAUCGGAUAUUCCCUUCGAGAGUUAUCAAGUGCACCAGCCAGACAGACAGAUGGACGGACGGACAUCGCUAGAUCGACUCCAAAUGUCCUGAAACGGAUUUGGUCCAAAGAGCCCUAGGGUCUGAAACUGUUAUAAAAUGAUAUAUGCUCUCUCUACCCAUAUGGCUGAGGCUAAAAAUAUAGCUGGGUAUAUGAGGGUAGAAAUAUGUUGUGUGGCUUAACUAAACAGCAAGAGAAUCUGCUCGAUUUGGAGCUGAAGUAACUCUCACUCGAAAACAAGCAAAGGUUGCUUACUUGGCAUAGAAGAAGAGAGUGUAAUUAAUUUUUAGCCUUACUGGCAGGUGUACUCCCGCUCGAAUUGGAAUGAAUUUCGCGCUUUGCUCAAUUUCGAGCGAGCAUUUCGAAGCUAUUGUAAUAAUUGCUUAAGCAAAGGAAUUACGGAAACAAAACAGUUGCAGAUCGAAUAUCUCGGUUAUUCUCGGCUAAAACGGUACAUGAGAGCUAUAUCUAAAUCUGGACAAAUGAUUUGUGGAAAAUUUCGUUCGCAAAAGUACAUUGUGUUCUAAAUUUUUCUACGAGUUUAGCUAGGUUCCUACAAAGGCUAAAAAUGGCAGACAUUCUAGAAGGGAACUUUAGAACUUAAAGAAAACGAAAUAAAAUUGAAAAACUAAGAGUCAUUAUUAUGCAAUUAAUUCUAGGAAUUAUUUCAUUUUCGAUUUUUUUGAAUAUGAAUUUCCCCAAAAUGUCCCACAAAUGUUUCACCUACAAAGGAGCAUGAGAUAGACGCAAUUAAAAUACAAAUAAAAAAAUUGUAAUAAAACUUUUUAAAAGUUAUCCAAAGACAUGAGUGAAUAUCUCCAAGUGUAAAGAGAAGAAAAAGAAAAGAAACAGACAAUGCUAAAUAAUAAUAAAAUUGGAAAAUACUUAACAUAAUUCAUAAAGAACGAAGAAAACUUUGUGUAUAAAAAUCAAAUUUAAAUGAAUAUUAUUAUUUUCCAUAACAUUAGCAUACAUCAAAGUAAAAAAGGAAAGAAAACAAAAAAAUGCGAAACUCCUCUAAUAUAUUUCCAUUUUUACGUUACGAUUUUUCUUCAUCAUAUAACAACAACAAAAGAACAUAUUAUGUAAACCAAAACAUAUCCUAUGCCAAACAAAGAAACCAAAAACAAAAAGAAUAACUACAACAAAACACACAUACAAAUAAAGCAUAUAAUUUUAUGUUUUAAUAAAUUAAAAAAAAGUAAGAAAAACUCAUACAUCCAUACAUACCUUAUGACAAACUUUCAUCGUAAUUAAGCUGUAACAUCAUCCAUAUCAAAAAUCUUACUUUUGUAAAUACUGAUUGUAUCUUUAAGCUCAUAAAUUAUGCCCUCCCUCUAAUCUCCUGUUUUUUUUUCUUUUUGUAUAGAGACAUUUACAAAUGCCUAGAUUUGUCAUUGAAACCUACAAAAAAAAUGAUGAAGAUAAAAUAUGAAAAAUAAAUAAACUUUUGUAAAAUUUUAAGACUCUAUCGAUAAGUUUAGUUUUAAUUGUACAUUAAGAGAACGAGAUCCUAAAAAAGUAAUUAUAUGAAAAAAAUUCUGAAAGAAAUGUGCGAAGGCGGAAACAAUUUUUAGUUGUAGAAAAACAUGGAGAUUGUCAUUGAAUUGAGCAGCUAAGAAAUAUGAAAAACGAUCAUUGUAAACGUCAUCGUAAAGGCAGAAAAUUGAAGUAACGAAACGUUUUCAAUGUUAAACCAAAGAAAAAAAAAAAUGGUCGAAAUAAAAGAAUUUG